AUGGCAGCCUCCAAGUUCCCCGACUACCUUCUGCAAGAGGUGAGGACACUGGUAUCGACGAGGUGUAGGGAGAUCUGUAUGUCGGACAAAGCGGAUGGAGAAAAUACGUCCAGGCAGCAGGCAUUAAUGGAAGACGUGUUCCAUGGUUCGGCUGGAUAUGCCUCUGUGUUGGACCUUUUCAUGCAAGGUGGUGGGGAGUUUGCCUCCAUCUUUGACCGUGUCCCAAUCGAGAACAACAGAGAAGGAAAUGAGUUGCGAACAGGUGGGUAUGCACUUGUCAUGAAAGACAUAUUCAGCUGUGAUGAAGGAGCCAGAUACAUUUUACAUGCGAGAGGUUUUACAAAAGAUGCUCUUGCGCAGAACAAAACAGAAAGGCUCCUUGGACGGAACAUCUAUGAGAGGGCUUUGGUUGCCAUCGCCAACUACAAGUUCGCGCUCAAGUUCCAUGAUGAGUACUGUCCAGGGAAAGACCAUCCUUAUCCCUCUGGAAAGGGACUGGAUGACAUGCUUCUUUAUGUGCGCAGGAAGAUGUAUGUCAUGUUGAAAGGAGCCAAGAACAAAGAUGGAGCUAGACGAGUCAAGAAACCUGAUGGCUCUUUCGUUGAAGAAGACAUGCCAGAGAAAUACAUGUUUCAGGGUUACUUUGUCUUUGUCCUUUAUGGUCCCAAGAUGCUCACAACCAAGACACUUAGCUGUCUUUCUGUGGACGGUAAGAAGUGUGCCAAGACAGGGCGAGCUACUGCGAGAGAGAAGGAAUUGAAGAUUAAGGCAGCUGAACGUGCCGCCAAUGAAGGAGCCACUGGACCUUAUCACAGAGGUUUGGCAGUCAAAGACAAAUAUGCUUGCGCAACACUUGCUAUGUCAGAGUACAAGAUGGCUUCGCGCAACGUACGUGAUCUGUUGUUCCACAACAAUGCAUCGGAAAGCAACUGUCUCACCCAGCUACAGCAGAUCAACAGCAUGCUGGACAGAGCUGAACAAAGAGGUGACGACAGAGAAGCUAAGCUUCUUGAAGCAAGGAAGGUGAGACUCUUUGACCAGCUGGACCAACUCUCCAAGAGGAAGCGGGAGUUAGAGGAUGAAAGCGAUCGUCUAAUGAAAAGAAACAAGAAGACUCCACAGCUUCGAGCAUACUACGAGUCAGUGGGAGUGUUUGCUGUACCCAAAGAUGUUGCAGUGACAAGGUCCACAGUGGACGAUGGAUCUUCCAUCACAAACACUGACAAAACUCCACGAAAGAUACCCAAUCACUGCUCGCAAUUGACUUUUUCGCAGCAAGAGGAAUUGGAAGCUGAGGAUGACACAGAGAAGGAAAAUGGUGAUGACGACUUGGCAUCUAUUGUGGAAGUACUUCCACGAGGCAGCAGUCAGGUCUCUGAUGAACCGGUUCAGCCUGUUCAGCCACUCUUCACUGGUAUGGCUGCAAGACUCCCCCCCGAGCAACAACAGAUCUUGCUGCAGUUUCGCGAGAGAGAAGCGGCAGGAUUGACUUUCGCUCAGCAGCAAGAAAAGGUUGCAGCGGAAGAAAGACAAUACGGAAGGAAUGGCUCCAGUCGUAUCUCGUACCAGACCGGCAGUACGUACUAUGCCAGUGUAGCUCAGAAUGAUGAGCUUAAUUGUGCAACAGCGCACAGCUACUAUGGACAAGAAGAGGAUGCGUAA